AUGCACAUCGUUCCACUAAUGCCCCUCGUCGCCACCAUCAGUUCGAACAUGAACUGGCCAAUCAGGAGAAUGAGCAACGUUUCUGGUGACAUCAUGUUGGGGGCGUUGUUUCCCAUUCACGAAAGAAACGCCAAAUAUGAAUGCGGCCGCUUGCAGGAUGAGGGCAUCCUCCAGUUGGAAGCCCUACUGUUCACAGUAGACAAAAUCAACUCAGAUAAUGCCAUCUUGCCUGGAGUGAAACUUGGCGUCCUAGCCCUCGACAGUUGUGAUUCCGCAGCAUAUGCUCUAGAACAGACCCUGGACUUCAUCAAAGGAUUCGUAGCAAGGAACAAUGCCCACAACGAUAGGCAGUUCAGGUGUGGGGAUGGUACUAUCCCAGUAUAUAGGGAUGGAAGCUUCGACAGAGUGGUUGGAAUCAUUGGAGGUCAGUCUUCAUCUGUGUCCAUCCAGCUUGCCAACUUGUUGAGAUUGUUCCGUGUACCACAGGUGAGUUACCAAUCCACGAGCCCCACACUCAGCAAUAAAGAAAAGUACGAUUACUUUUUCCGAACGGUGCCUUCAGACGUCAAUCAAGCGUAUGCAAUUUUGGAAAUACUGAAAGUGUUUCAAUGGACGUACGUUUCCGUUGUAUAUUCAGACACCGAUUAUGGCAACAAAGGAUACGAGAAGCUGCGUGAGCUAUCGCCUCCGGACAUUUGCUUCUCCAGCCCCCAGAGCAUAAAUGUGGAUCAUUUUUCUGACGUAGAAUACGACACCGUGAUCAAGAACUUGAUGCAUAAAACGAACGCAAGAGUGGUCGUCGUGUUCGCCGACAAACAGGUCGCAAAGAACAUAAUGGAUGCAGCCAAUCGUCGCAAAGCAUUCAGCAGAUUCGUGUGGAUCGGCAGCGAAGCCUGGGGUGGUCGCAACUAUGUGGUCGAAGGAAACGAACACGUCGUCGAAGGCGCAAUUGCGAUCUCGCCUUUGCUCAAACGCCUACCUGGAUUUGAUGACUUCUUCAAAAAUCUGACCCCCGAAAACAAUGCACAGAAGAAUCCGUGGUUUCCAGAGUUCUGGGAGGAGCAUUUUCAUUGCAAGCUGCCGGAUUUUGAUCAGACCCCGUACAAUCAAAAAUUUCCAAAGUGGUGUUCCGAACAGAAGAUUUCAGAAGUCAGUGGAGACAAGCAAACGUUCAGCGAAGCGCUGCACUUCGUCAGAGAUUCAGCAUACGCGUUCGCGCAUGCGCUGUCUAACAUCCACAAGACGAAGUGCAAGAACACCCCUGGACUUUGUGAUGCGAUGAAGACUUUGGAUGGGUCAGAGCUAAAGGAAGCUUUGGGAAAAGUACACUUUACUGAUGUUGCUGGGUGGACAUUCCGGUUUUUGCCGAGUGGAGAUGCACCACCUCGGUACAGCAUCAUUAAUUUCCAAAAGCGACCAUCCGGAGAAUAUGAAUGGAGAGGAGUCGGGAUUUUCGUUUAUAAUGAAAGGGAAGGUAAGGCUAAUCUCGAAUUAGACAGAGGAUCUAUGCGUUUCAAGGAUACUGACAGGGCCUAUCCAAGAUCUUUCUGCAGCGCACCUUGCCGACCAGGACAGGCAAAGCUGCAGCUAGAAGGAGACACAUGCUGCUGGUUGUGCACCAAUUGCUCGGCCUUCCAGUAUCUUCCAGACGUUUACCACUGUCGAGAUUGCCCUUGGGGAACAUUACCCAGCCUUUCUAAAAACGAAUGUGAACCCAUACCGGAAGAGUAUCUUAGUUAUAGCAGCCCAUGGGCUAUCGGGACGAUGGGGUUUGCAGGGCUGGGCAUCCUGACGACAACAGUGGUAGGGUUUGUCUUCUGGAUCUAUGCCGACACGCCCAUCAUCAAGGCUUCUGGAAGAGAAUUAAGUGGACUACUACUUUUAGGAAUCUUCAUGUCCUUCAGUAUGACCUUCGUCAUCGUCGCCAAACCUGCGCCAUGUACUUGUGGCAUUACUCGAUUUUUCCUGGGGUUCUGUUACACCUUAUGCUACGCAGCCAUUGUUACUAAAACGAAUCGCAUAGCUCGGAUUUUUAAUCAGCGGAGGCAGAAACCGUGCCAAAAGCCCCGAUGCACGAGUCCUAAAUCUCAGCUUAUUAUCACAGCUCUUCUUGUAUCUGUAGAAGGUAUUAUAAACACGACUUGGCUCUUAUACGACAGACCAGCUGUUGCUCACAUGUACCCUACGCGCGAAGAAAAUGUCCUCAUUUGCCUGGGCUCGGAUACUGCCUCGUAUCUAGUGGGCCUCAUCUAUCCAUUCAUUCUCAUUGGAUUCUGUACAGUCUACGCCUUCAAGACGAGAAAGUGUCCCGACGGAUUCAAUGAGGCGAGGUACCUCACGUUCACGAACUACACGACCUGUGUCAUCUGGCUGGCCUUUCUGCCACUAUUCGUGCUGAGCACGAGCAACACUAUACGAGCAGUCACGUUGAGCUCGCUGUUGAGCCUCAGCGGAGCCGUCCAGCUGGCGUGUCUGUUCAUGCCGAAGGUGUACAUAGCCCUGUGCAAGCCUGAGAAGAACACGAAAGAAAGUGUCAUGUGUCAUCACAAUAGGAACUCGUCCUGUCUGGCACUGCCGCCCGCCACACCGCUGCAAAGAAAGUUAUCGCAACAGUACCUGUUCUUCAGCCUCUCCGUCACCAGCAAGAAAUUCAAACAUUCAAGCCACGUCCAACUCAAUUGA